AUGGCGACCAACCACCAAGAAGAAGACCACAAGAAGGCGACAGGCCUUCAAAAGGCGCUGGAGACCCAGCUUCUCGGUCUCGAGAAGCUGGGGGCUCUCCCCACCACCGCCGCGGACGAGGUCCGCAACAUCAUUGCGGAGGGGAUCGCCGACAAGUUCGGCGAGACCUACCGAACCUUCCCCUGUGCCCGCGAGGGUACCGAGAUCCGUCGGGACGCAGUCCCAAAGCAGUGCUCGCUCAGAAAGAGCGUCGAGGGGUUCGUUGCAGAGGCACGUUCCCCUGGGAAAGUCUCCAAGGUCAAGGUCCAGGGAGGCCAGAAGAAAGUCAUCACCAAGACGACCACUGCGAAGGAGCGCGCGACAUUCAAAGCGCUUGCUCAAGUCAACGCGGCUCAACGUAACCUGGGCUCCACCAUCGGACACGCUGCGCGAGACGAGAAGACCACGCCUCGCAAGACGGCAUCGCCUGAGAAACAGCAACCGAAGACCUCUCCCAACCCGUCCGACCCCGCCAAGGAUGGCACUUCCAAGGACUGGCAGCAGACUAGACUUGAGAGCGGAGAGAAGGCCUGGGAUGUCUUGCUCGCGCAGAAGGCCGCCGGAAUCAAGGCAGCUGCUCGCGCUGGUAACCAGCAGAAUCCCAUCACGCAGGGAGCGGGAAACCCAAUGCUUCCCGUCGCUCAGAAAGCAGGAGUCACAUCGCGCAAAGACGGGCGGGCUGCGACUGCUGCGACUCCCAAGAACGGAACGGGUGUGCCCAAGUUAGCCACAACUCACCAGCCAUCCGCGGCCGCUGCUGGAACCAGCUGUGAGGCGCCUAACGGCCGCACCACUACCGAAGAGCUGGCUAAGCCAAAGUCUUCAUCCUCUGGAAAGGCCAGCAAUGGAUCCAGCGAAAACCUCAUCGACUUCGGUUUUUAA